CCGCCCUAGUAACGGCCGCAUGGUAACCCCGGGGCCGGGCACCUGGUAGUUGCUCCUGGUUUCCACGCCGGUUCGGCUCCCGGCCUCUGCAGGAUGAAGAUCGAGGAGGUGAAGAGCACCACGAAGACGCAGCGCAUCGCCUCCCACAGCCACGUGAAGGGGCUGGGGCUGGACGAGAGCGGCCUGGCCAAGCAGGCGGCCUCGGGGCUCGUGGGCCAGGAGAACGCGAGAGAGGCAUGUGGCGUCAUAGUGGAAUUAAUCAAAAGCAAGAAGAUGGCCGGAAGAGCGGUCUUGUUGGCAGGACCACCUGGAACUGGCAAGACGGCUCUGGCCCUGGCGAUUGCUCAGGAGCUGGGUAGUAAGGUACCUUUCUGCCCGAUGGUGGGGAGUGAAGUCUACUCCACGGAGAUAAAGAAAACGGAGGUGCUGAUGGAGAACUUCCGCAGGGCCAUUGGGCUGCGGAUAAAGGAGACCAAGGAAGUCUAUGAGGGUGAGGUGACAGAGCUGACGCCGUGCGAGACCGAGAACCCCAUGGGCGGCUACGGCAAGACCAUCAGCCACGUGAUCAUCGGGCUCAAGACGGCCAAGGGCACCAAGCAGCUCAAGCUGGACCCCAGCAUUUUUGAAAGUUUGCAGAAAGAACGAGUGGAGGCCGGAGACGUGAUCUACAUCGAGGCCAACAGCGGGGCCGUGAAGAGGCAGGGCCGCUGCGACACCUACGCCACCGAGUUCGACCUGGAGGCGGAGGAGUAUGUGCCCUUGCCCAAGGGCGACGUGCACAAGAAGAAGGAGAUCAUCCAGGACGUGACCCUGCACGACCUGGACGUGGCCAACGCCCGGCCCCAGGGGGGACAAGAUAUCCUGUCCAUGAUGGGCCAGUUGAUGAAACCGAAGAAGACAGAGAUCACAGACAAGCUCCGGGGCGAGAUCAACAAGGUGGUGAACAAGUACAUCGAGCAGGGCGUGGCCGAGCUGGUGCCCGGCGUGCUGUUCGUGGACGAGGUGCACAUGUUGGACAUCGAGUGCUUCACCUACCUGCACCGAGCUCUGGAAUCUUCCAUCGCGCCCAUCGUCAUUUUUGCGUCCAACCGAGGCAACUGCGUCAUCAGGGGCACCGAGGACGUCACGUCUCCUCACGGCAUCCCCCUGGACCUCCUGGACCGCGUGAUGAUCAUCAGGACCAUGCUCUACACGCCGCAGGAGAUGAAGCAGAUCAUUAAAAUCCGAGCCCAGACGGAAGGAAUCAAUAUCAGCGAGGAGGCGCUGAACCACCUGGGGGAGAUCGGCACCAAGACCACUCUGAGGUACUCGGUGCAGCUGCUGACCCCGGCCAAUCUGCUGGCCAAGAUCAACGGGAAGGACAGCAUCGAGAAAGAGCACGUGGAGGAGAUCAGCGAGCUUUUCUACGAUGCCAAGUCCUCCGCCAAGAUCCUGGCCGACCAGCAGGAUAAGUACAUGAAGUGACCCGGCUAAGUCACUCCAGCGGCAGGAGGGCGCACCCUAGGCGAGGGCCGAACCCUCGCAGACCUGAUUUGCAGUGUUGUUGGUUCUGUCUGAACAGCAGAGAUUUUUUUUUUUUUAAUUAUAACUUUUGUGAUUGCUUUGAAGGAACCCUUCCUCACCUGAUGUGUUUUUAAAUAAAAUCUUUACAUUAUUUGGAAGACA